AUGUCCGCCCCUGUACGACUGUUUGUCCUCGAUGUAGAACAGGCGUGUGUUAUAGGAGAAAACCUCAUUACCCUUAAUGUACAUCCAGGACUUCACAGUACAGAUCUGUCAUAUAAUCCUCCUAAUUAUGAGGAACCUUCUCCGGACCAAUCACAGAUUGUUACCGCAAGUAGAGUUCAGAAAAUAAUUAAAAGGUUUCAGUGUGGUAAAGAAUCCACAAACAGCUCAGGACUUUCUACACACCAAAGACAUCACAAAGGAGAGAAAACAUAUUCAUGUUCAGAAUGUGGGAAAUGUUUUAGAAAAAAAUCUGAUCUUGCUAUACAUGAGAGAAGUCACACAGGAGAGAAACCAUAUUCGUGUUCAGAAUGUGGGAAAUGCUUUUCCCAGAAAGUAAAUCUUGUUAGACAUAAGAGAUGUCACACAGGAGAGAAGCCAUAUUCAUGUUCAGAAUGUGGGAAAUGUUUCACACGGAGAUCAAGUUUUGUUAUACAUGAGAGAAGUCACACAGGAGAGAAACCAUAUUCGUGUUCAGAAUGUGGGAAAUGCUUUACCCAGAAAGUAAAUCUUGUUAGACAUGAGAUAUGUCACAUAGGAGAGAAAGCAUAUACAUGUUUAGAAUGUGGGAAAUAUUUCACACAGAAAUCAUAUCUUGUUAUACAUGAGAGAAAUCACACAGGAGAAAAGGCAUAUACAUGUUCAGAAUGUGGGAAAUGUUUUAGACAAAAAUUAGAUCUUGUUAUACAUGAGAGAAUACAUACAGGAGAGAAACCAUAUUCGUGUUCAGAAUGUGGGAAAUGCUUUACCCAGAAAGUAAAUCUUGUUAGACAUAAGAGAUGCCACACAGGAGAGAAGCCAUAUUCAUGUUCAGAAUGUGGGAAAUGUUUCACACGGAGAUCAAGUUUUGUUAGACAUGAGAGAUGUCACACAGGAGAGAAGUUUGAAGGCUAGCUGUUGGCUAGCCUGGAUUUGUGGGAGGAGCCGGUACUUUCUGCUUCGGACGUCCGUGCUACUUCUGGGUCAGUGACGUCAUCAUCAGGCGCCCCACGAGUCGGAGCUUUCAGACGCCGGGUGGUAACUUUUCUUCCUAUCAGAAUUCCACAGGAUUUACUUUCAGGAUCGCUGGUUUGUUCAAACUGGGUGUGGGAAGGUGAGGGAGGGUAGGAGGGAGGCAGGGGGAGGUACGCUGGAGGGUCGCUCCUCGUCUCUCAAAUCUCUCACAUGCAAUUCUGGACAUAGCACUAGGGGGCAGCAUUGCAUCACAUAUGGUUCAUGUCUGCUCAGCAACUACCGCAACAUUCUGUGGCUAUUCCUUAAAUGUAUGUGUGGGGUUGCAAGUUACCUGGGCAUUGUUUUGACAGGGCUCCGGUAACUGCGUCAGGUGCUAUUCCUUGGGGUUGCUUGCAUGUUUUCAUCAAGUUGUGCACACCAUUUUGCAUUGACAUACAGUACAUGCUUAUUUUAGCCAGUAUUUUCCUCACAUCGGUUAGCUUGACGUCAAAGGAAAGAAGGUGGUAAUAAAAAUAAAAAAAAUUAAAAAAUAUUUUCCUUUUCCUCAAAACUACAUGCUUACACCGCUAGGAUAGGUUCAUUUGCUAGUACAACCACGCUGUCACAGCAGUCAGGCACACGUUGUCUCAUAUCUCGUAGACUAGUGUCAUACGGUCUG